CUGGCUGAACUUGCGCAGCUCGACGGGACCCGCGUUGUCAAUGCGCGUCUCGGCGAUGCAACACCGUGGCAGUUGCGAUUUGGAUUUGUGGACUCUCCCUCGACGGUUUCUGCCAUCUGUCUGGAAAAUUGCCGCACUCGGGAAGUUACAAACCUAAAGAUUAUCAAUUCCUCUCCGAGCCGCCUCGAGCUCAAAGGAAAGGGUGGCGACGGGCACCACUUGGUUGUUACACUCUUCGCGCAACCUGAAAGUCGCAACACUAUGGCCGCUCUUCGCGUGAGUGAUCGCGGUGGGCGCUGCAUGCGUGUCGGCGCUUUUUUCGACUACUGCUUUCAACACAUCCCCCAAGUCCCUCCACCUGUCAAAGAAUCCCGCCAGUACAAAUCAUUUGAAGAGUACGGCAAGACGCAAAACCUCGACACUGCCGACAUUGCCGACAUGUUCGACCGUCUAACGCUUGACCCCGGCGACGAUGAGGAUGAUGAUGCCGACAACUCGUUCGAGCGUUUGAAGGCGCUUGUCGUCGAUCGCAAGACAAAGUUAUGUGAAACCUGCCGAUCAAUGUGA